AAGUAUGAAGCGAGACGAUUCAUCAAUGAAAUGAACGACAGAAGUAGAAGUGACGGACCGGAUUUAAGAAAAUGAGAAUACUAUUGGGAUUGGUCGGGCGGGGAAGGUUAUCAUUAUUUUGUUUGAGUGAUUCAUUAUUAAGUAAUUUUAUACCAUUUACUGAGUUUUCUUCACUGUGACUAAGUGGAAAGAAGCGCCGCAAUGUUUAAGUUCUACAAACAAUGUCAGUGAUUUGGAGAGACCGUGUUUUGUGCAUUUUUGUAUCAAAAAAGUGUAGUUGUGUUUUAUAAGAUUGGAAAUAAGUUCCAACAUAAUGCCGUUCGAUUUUCUGUGCUGUGUGAGACCUGGCGUCGAAGAUGUUGUGGAGCUGGACUAUUCGCACCAGUCCUUGGUUGACUUCCCCACUGAAGUUUUUGUGUAUGAAAGGACGCUUGAAACUCUCUACUGCCAGAGUAAUCGUGUGACGGAACUCCCGCGCCAACUGUUUAUGUGCCAUGGAUUAAAAUACUUGGAUCUUAGUGAUAAUGAAGUGUCAACUAUACCAGCAGCCAUAUCUUCGUUAGUGAAUCUUCAACACUUAAAUAUUAGUAGGAAUACAUUAACAUCAAUACCAGAAAACAUGAAAGCACUAAAGUAUUUAGCUUUCCUAGACCUUAGUGUUAAUCCCUUGGAGAAACUACCGGAUGCUAUUACAAACCUGACUGCAUUACAAGAACUGUACCUAAAUGAUACAUACCUGGAGUAUCUUCCAGGAAAUUUUGGACGUCUAGCGAAUUUAAGAAUACUGGAACUAAGAGACAAUUAUUUAAUGAUUUUACCCAAGUCACUGUCUCGAUCAACCGAAUUACAGAGAUUAGAUAUAGGACAAAAUGACUUUCAACAAUUUCCUGAAGUGAUUGGAAGAUUUGUCAAGUUAAGAGAGUUGUGGAUUGAUAACAAUAAUUUGACAUGCAUUACAUCUGUUAUAAAACCAUUAGAAAAUUUGAUACAUUUGGAAGCAAGUAAUAAUAUGAUUGAAGAACUGGCUCCCGAGAUUGGAUAUUGCACUCAACUGGUGGAUAUAACUUUAUCAUUAAACAUCUUAACACAGUUGCCAGACAGCAUUGGACAGCUGUGCAACUUAGCUACAUUAAAACUAGAUAAUAACAGAUUAUAUUCAAUACCAGAGAGCAUAGGACAACUCGCUAAUCUUGAAGAGUUAAUGCUCAUGUGCAACUACUUAGAUAAAAUACCAUCUUCUAUUGGACUUCUAAGGAAAUUGAAAUACCUGAACAUUGAUGAUAAUAUGUUGACCGCAAUACCUCCAGAGAUAGGAAGUUGUACCAAAUUGUCCGUGCUAUCCUUAAGAUCAAAUAAAUUGACUAGAGUCCCUCCAGAAGUCGGCCACCUGACUUCAUUAAGAGUGUUAAACUUAGUAAGGAAUUCACUAAGUUGUCUUCCUCAGUCCUUGUUGAAUUGUGAUAAUUUAGUAGCCCUCUGGCUAUCAGAAAACCAAAGCAAACCUUUAGUGCCUAUGCAUUCUGAAGUAGAUCCUCAGACAUAUGAACAAGUCCUCACUUGUUUCCUCUUUCCCCAAGUGCCUUUAACUCCUAUUGAAAUGAAAUUGGAAAAUGAUAAAUCUGAGAAUGUUGAAGCCAACUCAUCAGCCCGUCAUAUCAGUUUUGUUGACAUGAAAGCAGCUCCUAAAGUGCCAGAAAAGCCAGGACAGCUGAAGCGAGCUCCAACACCUUAUCCAAAAGAAUUAAGAGCAUUAGCAAAGCAUGCUAGAAAUAUACACAAAGAUGGUACUCAAGAUGUUACUCCGCCUAUGCAAAAUGCAGUACAUAUUAAAGCUGCUAAAAUAACACCUACAUUACAACAAAGAUUUGCAUCAGACAACAAAUUAGAAAUAGAAAACGCAGGAAAAGGUAAUUUAGGUAAUACAAACAAAGAUCCGCUUAUGAAAACAUCCGUUUAUGAUAAUCUUACAGCUGAGAAUGCAUAUGAUAAACCUCUGGAUCUUACAUAUGAGCAAGAUAAAAGUUACAAAAGUGUAGACCAUGCUUUGUAUCCUGAAAAUACUGGAACUCCUGGUGGUGAUUUUAAAUCAGAAAAUGGUGAUUACCUUUUACCUCAAAGACAAUAUAGCUCCAAACAGACUGAUAAAUACAGUUCUAGACAAGAUAUGGAUAGAGCAAAUGUACCAUUACCCCAAAAUGUAUACCGUGGCCAUAUAGAACAUAAAAAUUAUCCUUUACCAAAUGAUGUUAAUUACAGAGUUGGGGUUGAUGAGUCCCAUAAUCGAUUACAGAGGCUGAGCCUUAGUUCACAAGAUAGACAACCAGUCAAUGAAGCUAUUCUAUCGCCACAUUUUAGUGAAACUGCAUACAACACUAGACCAAUCAUGGAAAAUAUAUCUCCUUAUGAUCCACUAUAUGCUAGGAAAGAUCACAUAUGCCAUUCAGUGUCAGAGAAUAAUUAUCAUGAAAGUAUAUAUGAUAGCGACAAUUGUGCGCGUGCCAAAGAUAAAAUUUAUGGGCAGCGGAAUUAUGAUGCCUAUAAUUACCACUCUCAUGGGAAUCGUGAUUUGCCAAGUCCCAGGUUACACACUGUUAGUCAAGUGGUUAGUUCAACUACUAUGCCAAAUUUAAGCAGUUACGGUAACGUGUAUCCAGGCGCUGUAGUAGGAGGUCAUGAAUACUCAACAGCCCUUCAUCAACCACAGCCCCAAAACGCCAAUAUUUACGGUAUACCGGCAAGCCCUACUUACGUAUCCACGCAGUCCCCAGAAUUAUACUCUCCGACGGGGCAUACUAACUCAACUAAUCCAUAUCGAAUGGCUACCACACCUUUGAUAUCCGAUGAUGGAAGUUACAGUCACGUUCAUUCACCGACUAGCCAAAAUAUGUAUGAUUUAUACGAUUCCAUUCCGGCUUCAUCUAAUCCUCCGAGUGUGGUUAACCACCGGCAUAGUCCUAGCAUUUCUGAGCCAGUUUACGGUCGAGGCCAACCUCCGCCUUAUCACAUUGCAGCUCCGUACACGAAACACGCACAGUAUUUCAAUGGCACGGGUGGAUAGUGGUGUCUGCAACCUGGAAAGCCACGAACUUUCCUGAGGAUGCACUCCUGUGAACGUUAUUAAAGUUAGUUCCAAAUAUUUGGUGACUUAAUACCUGUUUUGUAACAUUGGUUUUUGUUCUCUGCAUGUGCAAUUUAAAUGUGAUAUAAUUGUGUAAAAUGAAAAUAUUGUUGUAGUAGAAACUAAUAUUAAGGUGCUAAGGGACGAAACAUAUUUGUUGUUGGAAAAUUAUCAAAUGAAUAUAAUGUUAAAAAAGUUGAAUUUAUUGAAAUAAUAAAUUGAAAAUAAUUACGGUUUUAAUUUAAUGUAGCGCGUAUUUAGGAAGUGGUAGGUACUGAUUAAGUACGAAUGUAACAACUGUGUUGUUUAAAAAAUCGAUUGUAAUUAAGUAUUAAAUUCUGUCUGUUUAGCUGUAAUUAUGAACUCGAAUUUUAUUAUAAAAUAAUCUGAUUGUAACAUACCAGUUUUAUAUUUUUUUUAGGAAAUGAAAGAAGUGAGAAUGUUUGUAUUUGUGGUAUUAUCUGGAGUGGCAAGGUGCUGUGCCCUAAACUAUGUACAAAGGGCCUAGUUUCCGGGUAAGCUACAGCUAAAUGUUGUACCGUACCUAUUAUUUUAAUGACGAUAUUGUUUUGUAAUGAAUGUCUAUGGUAUAUAUUUUUGUAAUUUUGUGAUAUUCAUGAAUUUAUCGCAUAAUAUAACGUUUUUCUUACAUUAAGUCGUGUCAAUGUAAUAAGUAUUUGUAUGUAUGUAUCAACAAAGAUCCAUAUUUUUUAAGUUUUUAAAACAUCAUGCUACAUAUCAAUUUAAAAAUAUUUUAUCGUUAACUUUUUUGUCCGUAUCUUGUUAAUUACUUAAUGCAAUCAUGUUCCUCGUUUACAACAGGGCUUAAUAUGUAUUUGUAUUAAAAAUACCUCAAUUUCCUAAUUAAUACUCUCGACCUUGAUUCUUUUCGUUAUUUAUAAAUGGCACAAAACAUAAAUGCUCGAUACAUUUUACAGUUUAACCGGCCACAAUAAAAAUAACUGUUUUAUUCAUUCCGAUUUGCUAUUCGAAUUUUGCAUGACCACGAUACUUUAGCAAUUAUGGAAAUAUGGAAGCUUUGUUAUUGAGUACAAUAGGUUUAAAUAUUCUGUACAAAUUACCCAUAUCUUUACCUUCCGUAUCAUGCUAUAAAACCGCGCAUUUUUCAUAUAAUACUGUAAUCAAAUUAAUUUACUUGGUCCAAAAUCGAACUUAAUUUUUUAUGCAUUUUAUUAUUCACUACGCUUUUACAAGUUUACUCUUCAAACCAUGUUGGGGGUGUUUAUCUCUUAGUCAUAAAAUUUGGUGCAUUUACAAAUAUAAAACUUUACUACACAUCACACCCAGACCCGGAACAACAAUUGAUAGAUCACACAGGGAUAGAAUUGUUCCGUGCGGGAAACAAACACGCGACAGGUUGCACAGCAGCCGGUUUUCCAGCCACUGCUUCAACCGUGCAGUCAUAUUACUCAUUUCAAUUCAUAGAUCAAUCUUGAUCAAAUCGUCCCAUUUCGUCUACUCUUAACGCCUGUGAUAAAAUUAUUAACAGCAGCUACUUUUACAAUUCGAUUGUCACUAUUCUAUCCCUCCGUCCAUUGCUUAUUUUCCGUCGCUUUUAAUGACUUCUAUUUUUUUAAUUUUCCUUUACAAAGCAACUGAUGCUCAGUUCACUUAUUUUUGCACUACUUACCUAAAUAAUGCACAAUCUAUUAUUUAGAUAUUUAUAAUGCCUUGAUUGUUGUUUCUAUAUUUUUUUAACAAUAUUUCAUAUAUGGGUUUAUACAAAUACGUAUCUAGUAUAUUCUGACUGACUGUAAAUGUAUUUUUAUUCGAUUUUUUCUAACUACGACUGUGCUGAAGUUUGUAUUCGAGUGAGACUCCAAAAAAUUGAUUCAAUCGCACCAGGUUACAUUGGUUGAAUGAAAGGACCAGUUUUCCACUUUUAAAAUGUCUAACGGUGCUCCUACACUGCUAUAAAAAUGUUUACUUACAAUCUAAACAUGUUCGGUAAACAUUCAAUAAGAAUGUUAUCCAAUAAUUAAAGACAAUGAAACGUAUGAUGUUUGUAAUCAAUUUUUUAACAGCAGUAUGGAAGCACCGCAGCGGACUGAAAGACCUGAAAGUAUAUUAUAUAUUUUUAAUCUUGGAACAGGGACGUAAAUACUUUUUGAAUGUUGGAUUAUGUACUCGAACUACUUAUACCAUUCAAGCCAAACAUUGCUUGUGAAUUACACAAAUUUUGAAGUAAGCAAAGGCUGUUACUUUAAAUUCGAUUUUGCACAAAACAGUACCCUUAGUAUGACUCUGUUAUUGGUUGAUUCAUUCGCGCCAGCCAAUUAGAGCUCCGAACGCGUUCUAGUUUCGUUUUCGUUCAACGUAAAGCAAACUCGUACUAAGGGUGCAGAUGUCGCUUUGUUCGUUUUAUAUCUAAACGCGUACCUAUGUUGUGUAUGCUACUAGUUACGAAAUAAUUAAUGUUUGCUUGAUUUAUUUGCUUCGUGCAAACUGUCUAAAGUUAAACAUGAAAUAUUUUUUGUAUCUUUUUAUUACUAUUUUGUAACUAUACAUAAAUGUUCAGUACCUGUAUAAAUGAAUAUUUAUUUGGUGUAAUGCUCUCUACUACUAGCCUAUAGAUAGUAUUAUUUAUAAUAUACGUACGCCAACUCAAAGGCCAUUGGAUUUUGUCGGUGUGACUGUUAAGAGCGAUAGAAAUAAUAAGAAUAGUUAUAGAAUAAUAAAUUACAAGUAUUUGUUAUAUCAGUGACAUUCAUGGAUCAUUACAACUCCGCCAUCUUAGAUGUGUUGAGUAUUAACUGUAGCAAACAGUAGGAUCUUAGUCAAACCGUUUUAUAAGUACUUUUGCCGAAUAAACUAGAUAAUUAUGUACAUAAAAGUUACAAAAUUGUUAGAUAAGAUAUUAAUAAGUUGCGCAGAAAAGUAAAUUUGUUGAAUGAUUGUGUAACUAAGUAGGUAUCUACCUAAUUUGUGAGUAGGAUACAUAGUUCAGUGUUUUCAUCCAUUUAAAACAUUGCACAUUUAAAAAAUUAUAAUAAUUACACUUGUGUCAUAUUUUUGUUAAAUUAAACGAACAACAAAUGUUUGUACGUUAAAUAAAUGUAUGUAUUUACAUCUACUAUUAGACUCGGAUCGAAUUUCCAGUUACGUUUUCUACGUAUAAUUAUUCUAAGAUGAUUCAUGAUGCUGAUGAAGAUCCUCGGAUCUUAUCUUGUAAUGAGAUAAAGUACUUUUUUAUAAACCGAGCCAAUUUCAUGAAUAUAAUUUAUUUUUUAAUAUUUAUUUACAUAUACGAGUACAGAGUAUACUGCCAGCUCUUUAUAAUUAUACCUUUUAAAUUCUAAAUGAGGAAAAUAAUAUUUUAUAAAGAAAUAAACAUUUUAUUUUGAUUUACAAAACAUUCUUCAAUGAAAAUUAAUAAUAUUUCUUGUAACUGUGACACAUUCAGGUAAUUGAAUAAAUAUUUUUCAUAAAUUU